AUGGGGCAGAGAACCCCACCGCCUCAAGGGGAGGCUCCCAGGGAAGCACACCUCUACCUGCCUCAAGGAGAGAGGGACUCCACCUGCCUUCAAGGGGCAGAGGAAAAAAAAAAACCCCCCAAAAAAAAACCCUGCCUCAAAAAAAGGCCCAAAGGAGGACUCCACUGCCUCAAGGGGCAGAGGACCCCUCCAAGGCGAUGCCCCAAGGGGCAGAGGACACCACCUGCCUCAAGGGGAGCAGGGACUCCACCUGCCUCAAGGGGCAGAAGAAACCCACCGGCCUCAAGGAGGCAGAGGGGACUCCACCUGCCUAAAGGGGCAGAGAACCCCCACCUGCCUCCCAAGGGGCAGAGGACCCCACCUGGCCUCAAGGGGCAGAGGAACCCCACCUGCCUCAAGGGGCCAGAAGGAACCCCGCCGCCCCAAGGGGCAGAGGGACCCCACCUGCCUCAAGGGGGCAAGAGGACUCCCCUGUCCUCAAAGGGGAGAGGGAACCUCCAACCUUGCCCAAGGGCGGAGGGGGAACCCCACCUGCCUUCAAGGGGAGGCAGAGGACUCCAACCUGCCCUCAAGGGCAGAGAAACCCCAACUGCCCCAAGGGCAGAGGACCCCACCUGCCUCAAGGGGCAGAAGGACUUCCACCUGGGGGCCUUCAAGGGGCAGAGGAACCCCACCUGCCCCAAGGGGCCGAGGACCCCAACCUGCCUCAAGGGGGAGAGGGAGUCCCCCACCCUUCCUCAAGGGGCAGAGGAACCCCACCUUCCUCGGGCAGAGGGACCCCACCUGCCUCAAGGGGCAAGGAAGUCCCACCCUGGCCCAAGGGGCAGAGGAACCCCCACUGCCUCAAGGAGCAGAGGACUCCACCUGCUCAAGGGUGAGGAACCCCACCUGCCUCAAGGAGCAGAGGACUCCACCUUCCUCCCAAAGGGGCCGGAGGGAACCCCUACCCUGCUCAAGGGGGCAGAGGAACCCCUCCCCUGCCUCAAGGGGAGAGGAAGGACCUCCCCACCUCCUCAAGGGCAGAGGCCCUCCGCCUCCUCAAGGGGCAGAGAACCCACCUGCCCCAAGGGGCAGAGGACCCCACCUGCCUCAAGGAGCAGAGGACUCCACCUGCCUCAAGGGGCAGAGAACCCCACCUGCCUCAAGGAGCAGAGGACUCCACCUGCCUCAAUGGCAGAGAAACCCCCACCUGCCUCCAAGGGGGCAGGAGGACACCUGCUCAAGGGGCAGAGAACCCCACCUGCCACCUGCCUCAAGGAGCAGAGGACUCCACCUGCCUCAAGGAGCAGAGGACUCCACCUGCCUCAAGGGGCAGAGAACCCCACCUGCCUCAAGGGGCAGAGGACUCCACCUGCCUCAAGGGGCAGAGAACCCCACCUGCCUCAAGGGCAGAGGACUCCACCUGCCUCAAGGGGCAGAGAACCCCAACUGCCUCAAGGGGCAGAGGACUCCACCUGCCUCAAGGAGAGCAGAGGACUCCACCUGUCUCAAGGGGCAGAGAAAAACCCCACCUGCCUCAAGGAGCAGAGGACUCCACCUGCCCUCAAGGGGCAGAGAACCCCACCUGCUCAAGGAGCAGAGGACUCCACCUGCGUCAAGGGGCAAAGAACACCACCGGCCUCAAGGGGCAGAGGACUCCACCUGCCUCAUGGGGCAGAGGACUCCACCUGCCUCAAGGGGCAGAGAACCCCACCUGCCUCAAGGAGCAGAGGACUCCACCUGCCUCAAGGGCAGUUAGAAACCCCACCUGCCUCAGGAGCAGAGGACUCCACCUGCCUCAAGGGGCAGAGAACCCCACCUGCCUCAAGGAGCAGAGGACUCCACCUGCCUCAAGGGGCAGAGAACCCCACCUGCCUCAAGGAGCAGAGGACUCCACCUGCCUCAAGGGGCAGAGGACUCCACCUGCCUCAAGGGGCAGAGAACCCCCACCUGCCUCAAAGAGAAGAGGACUCACCUGCCUCAAAGGGCAGAGAACCCCACCUGCCUCAAGGAGCAGAGGACUCCACCUGCCUCAAGGGGCAGAGAACCCCACCUGCCUCAAGGAGCAGAGGACUCCACCUGCCUCAAGGGGCAGAGGACUCCACCUGCCUCAAGGGGCAGAGGACUCCACCUGCCUCAAGGGGCAGAGAACCCCACCUGCCUCAAAGAGCAGAGGACUCCACCUGCCUCAAGGGGCAGAGAACCCCACCUGCCUCAAGGAGCAGAGGACUCCACCUGCCUCAAGGGGCAGAGAACCCCGCCUGCCUCAAGGAGCAGAGGACUCCACCUGCCUCAAGGGGCAGAGGACCCCACCUGCCUCAAGGGGCAGAGGACUCCACCUGCCUCAAGGGGCAGAGAACCCCACCUGCCUCAAAGAGCAGAGGACUCCACCUGCCUCAAGGGGCAGAGAACCCCACCUGCCUCAAGGAGCAGAGGACUCCACCUGCCUCAAGGGGCAGAGAACCCCGCCUGCCUCGAGGAGCAGAGGACUCCACCUGCCUCAAGGGGCAGCAAGGGGCAGAGAACCCCACCUGCCUCAAGGGGCAGAGAACCCCACCUGCCUCAAGGAGCAGAAGACUCCACCUGCCUCAAGGGGCAGAGAACCCCACCUGCCUCAAGGAGCAGAGGACUCCACCUGCCUUAAGGGGCAGAGAACCCCACCUGCCUCAAGGAGCAGAGGACUCCACCUGCCUCAAGGGGCAGAGAACCCCACCUGCCUCAAGGAGCAGAGGACUCCACCUGCCUCAAGGGGCAGAGAACCCCACCUGCCUCAAGGAGCAGAGGACUCCACCUGUCUCAAGGGGCAGAGAACCCCACCUGCCUCAAGGAGCAGAGGACUCCACCUGCCUCAAGGGGUAG